AUGGCCCCUGUUCGAAGAUCAACUCGAAAUUCAAAAGGUCGAGCCAAUUCCCCAAAGAAGCAAAAUAGCCUGCCAAUAGGCGUAAAGAGGCGAACGAACAAGAAAAGCAAAUCUAUUUCUUCAUCAAAGGGUGAAGUGGUACGUGAAAAGUCACCGAAUUUGGAGCUAAAUUCGUCUCCAAUAAGACAAGUCAGCAAUCUUCAGGAUACGACCCCAACAAAGCCCAAGCGCACUCCCAAAAAGAGAAAAUGUGUCUUGUUUUCUGAUGACUUGAUUUCGGACUUGCCAAGCACACCAGAAAGGGGAAAUACACCCAUCCGAUCGAUUCUAAAACCUUGUGAUGUCAAUUCAAUGAAUGAACUUUUAGAUCCAAACAACACUCUGCUUUGGGGCGAAUCCACCCAUUCAAAAUCGAACAGCCCCAAGAGCGCAGAAUUUUGGUUACCAGGGACAAUCAUUCAGCUAGAACCUGGGUCUGAAGGGUUACCCAUGCUUGUAGAAGGAUGCUUGGCGGUUUUGGGUGACUCUGGUUUUAAAAGAAGGUUCGAAGUUUAUGCCACAUUGAAUAGCAUAUUCAAAUCCAAUCCAUCCACCACAUUGAUUGGGUUAUUUCUUGACUCAGGUCCUGCUGGUAGCGAAAGUUCAACCAAGCAGUCCAAGAGCCUCCCGAUAUUGAAACAAAUCAUCAAAGAUAUUGAUGAAAUUGAAGAAGUGAUAUUCAAUCCAGAAGCUGAUAAGGAGAACGUAUCCCCCACGAAAGGCAACCCGUUCAAAAUCCGCAUUGUAACUCAAGCUUUGAAGCUACUCAAUCUUUUCAUGUCAGAUGCCGGGUUAAACAACUUUAUAGCAAAUGAAGAUGCGUAUUGGAUAUAUGAUCAUGCAUGCACCAUGCUUAUCAAUCCGAACAUUUCCAAAGCGCUCGUUUCUCCUUACUUGUCUAUAAUCAAGGAUUGCAAGUUGAAUCCCGGUCGCAGACGCGCCUUGUUUUGCAAUCACGAGAUUCUCGAAAAAUUGCUUAUAGCAGUGCUUAGGAUGAAUAAUUUUCCAAGUUCAUCUUUGGUAACAGAGAGGUUUUCCUGUUUAAGGAAUUACAUUUUGAAUUUUCCUGAGUUUAUGGCUAAAAACAUUGCUCAAUGGUUUGAACCAGUGCUUCUAAAUUUAUGCAAUAUGGUUCACCCGGUGUACAUGAAAAGUUUUGGAGUGGGUGUGCACUGUUUGUUGGAAGCUGCAAAAUGCUUUUUAGAUGAUAGUACUGUACACUCGUACGUGAUAAAUAAAUUGUCGUCCCCGAUAGCUGCUGACGCUCCGUCAUUUACGUCUGAUCAGGAAUUUCCCGGCUACUUGAGUCAGCUACGAUUACAAAAUGUGAGACUAAUUGAGUUUGUUGUCUGCAAACUAGAAGAGUUGAUAAGCGCUGAUCAGCAAAAGCUAGCCAUGGACAUGUGGAUGGGGUUGACUCUUUUAGCGGGCCUGGAAUCUUUUGAUAAAUGGACUGAUUUAAAUGUAUGGCUUAAGGUACCAAUGUGCUGCUUUAGCUCGACUCCUCAAGCUAGUCCGAUUGCUUUAUCCUGUUGGCGAGCAAUUUGUUUCAUAUUAUGCAGAAAUGGCUUAGAAAGCUUCCGCAAAAGCAUCGACUCCACCCAGACACUGACUUCUGGAACAGGAAAACUGGCGGCAGUAACGCAAGCAUUGAAGUCAAAGGUGAAGCUCUUGAUGUACGUCUUUAAUAGCUUUCCUAUAGAAGGCUUAUCAAAAGAUGUAAUUGAAACCCUUCACAAUAUUUUCCUAGGCCAUUUAUAUGUCAUCCUUAGUCCAGCUAUUUUAAAGCUGUGGUCCAAGUACUUGCCUUUAUUUUGGGACAGGAUAAUCCAACCAACCUUUGGAAAUUUUUAUUUCAAAAGAGAAUCUGGCUCAUAUGCGAAUCAGUUGGGUUUGGAACUUUUGACAACAAUGCUCAAGUCUUCAUUGUCAAAUCCCGAGAAGCAAUUUAACGACCUCAGAAUCUUGUCGAAUGAUCCAAUUACUUUGAUGGAAGUCAACCCGCUACCAGCAAGGUAUGCACACUCCCAUUUUGAUAGAGUGAUGCAAAGCAUGUUUUUCGUUUUCCAAUUGGACACAAUCAAAUUUGAGCAGAAAUUGAGCCUCUUCACUACGUUCUUGGCCAAAUUGAAGUUGGUCGUGAAGAAGGAGCAAAAACCAACAGCAACUACCUAUGACUUAAUUGACAAUCUCUCAUUGUUAUUGAAAAAGCUAUUCCAAAAACAAGCCAUGACUUCUGAGACACUUGUGAGAGUUAUCGUUGCCAUGCAUGAUACGUUUAACCCCUACUACUUGGUUAAUCGGGAUCUUGGGCGGGAGGGGUUCGAUUGCGAGGUGAAUGUGUACAUGCCAGUCAUCGAGAGUUCAAAUCCACUACCCAUUGAAGGAAGAAGUACCAUAUUACGACUAAUUCUACAAUCAUUGUCUCAAACAAAGGCCCUCAUAUUUAUCGCCGACACUUUAAGCUCAACAUCAGUGCCCAAUGACACACUUCAAAUUUUUACCGAGGUUUUGAACAAGUCUAAGAUUGAUGCGAAUACAAUUGAUUUGCAAUUCUACGGCAUCAUUUGCAAGUAUGCCAACAGUAAUUAUGAGGUCUUUGUGAAGAAAGUGAUACAAUCUAUUGUUUCAAUUCCCAAUUCAGAUGAGAUUUGCAGAUGCUUGUCGUUGUUGCAUAUCGAUGAGUGGAGUUGCAAUGUUGGUGACUAUGUACUUCUAUUAUUGCGAAAUGCACCUUCUAAAUCGAUACACCAUUUCGUGGCAGGAGUCAUUUCACGUCGCCUCGAGAGUGCAUUGAUUCCGACCUUGGAAUUUGUAACCAAGAAUGAUUUUGCUAGUGAGAUGUUUUUGCUUAGUGGAAACCUUUUUGAUUUGGUCAUUAAACUUGACAAUGCGUCGCUUGCCCAAUGCUGCCUGUUAUUAGAAGGGUAUCUUAUGUUUAAAAGCAAGCAGGAGGGCAAUGACUACCUACUCAUUGACAUUUUGGGUGCUGGUUGUAACAAGUAUCUACGUAUGGAUAUCGGCUUUUUGGGGAAGAUGAUGGAUUUAACUCAUUUACCAUUGUGCAGCAGGGAGUUGCAAUUGCGGAAAGAUGAUUUAAGAAGGGAAGUAAUUUGCCCACCUUCUAUUCCAACAUAUGAACAAGGCGAUUCAAAUGAGGAUAUCGAUAUGUCAGAUACUGUUGAAACUGUGGGACAUUCUUUAGAACUAGCCAAAUGUUCUCCGAUGCCACUGAAAGUUGGUGCUGAAACUAAUCAGGAAAAGAGAGAACUAAUUAUGAUUGAGUCUGCGGAGUCGGUGAGAGGGGAUAAGGUCUUUGAAAGAGAGAAACCAAGGAAUAGUAUGGCAAUAGAAAAUUUGGUCGACGGAGAGAUGAAAGAGGAACCUAGCAGAUGCCAUCAAUCAGAGUUGUUCCCAUCAACAGAGUUGACUGUCAUUCAGAACAUACACGAGAGGACACCCAUAAAGACUGCCCCAAUUGCUCCAGAUAAUAUCAACGCAACAAUACAACAACUGAGGGACACCAGAGUUGAAGAAUCAACUUCCGCUUCGCUGUUAAGUGCUCCGGAGCUAGUCAAGCUCCUCACAAAAAAAUCUAACCAGGACUUGAACGAGCUCAGCCCUGAACAGAAGUAUGAAUUAGAAUCCAGCUUGUUGCAGUUCAUGGUCAAAUUACGAGGCUUGCAGUAA